AUAAGAUCAUGACUGACCGGUUCAACAACCCAGUAGUGUCUAUUCUAGAGAAGCCUAAGGAUGAGAGAACAGAAGAUGAAAUUGAAAAACUAGUCAGCCUUAUUAAGAAUAUUGAGUUUUUUGCUGAGAGAAAUAUUCGAGAAAAGUAUUACCCAGAAAUUGUUGCAUGACUAAAAUUACAACGGUUUAAUUGUGAUGAAUAUGUGUUCCACAAAGGCAUGGAAGGGAAGCAUUUCUUUAUAAUUCUGGAAGGCUCUGUUAAUGUGUGCCUUCCGAAUGUUAAUAAGUUCAAGCAAUUGCAAAAAUGCCGGCAAGAAGUUGAUGACUUUUUAAAAUUUAAAUCAAAAGAAGCUCAAUCUGCUCUUAGAAGAAAAUAACACUGAUGGUGACUUUGUUACUGACUCUGAGACAGAGGGAGAUGACAACUUUGAUAUUGAUGAAGAUGAGAGCUCUAUAACUAACAGUAGGCUUAGGAAAGAUAGUAUCAUUUCGAGAAAGAUACAAUCGAAAAUGACCAUGUCAGAAGCAAGGACUAGCCUUUUCAAGAAAGAUGCUAACCCUACUACUGGGAAAUCCAAGAUAGCAACAAUUACAGAUUUUGAGAAGCUUGAUCCGGUUGAAAGACUCCAGCAUUGGGAGGAAGAACCUGAUUUACUUGAAAUAGCGACUCUCGAGCGUGGAGCUUCCUUUGGAGAAGUUGCCUUGAUAGAGGAUAAACCAAGGGGAGCCAGCAUAAAAUGUAGAUACGACUGUAUUUUUGCUACUAUGGAGAGAGAAGAUUACUCGAAGACUCUGAGCAGAAUCGAGAACAGGAAUAUUAACAAAAUUAUCGACUUCUUCAAAGAUCUCCCAUACUUCUCAAGCUAUGGAAGAGCUGCAUUGGAUAGGAUCAGGUUCCAGUUUGUUAGAAUUAAAUAAAAAGAGAAAGCAUGUGGUCUACAAAGAAGGUGAUCCUUCCCAAUUCGUGUAUAUAAUCUUAAAAGGAGAGUUUGAAUUGGUCAAAAAAUUUAGACAGAUUGAAGAGAAAGAAAUUAACUAUAAAAGAUACGUGAAAAGUAACAUGCUAGACAAUCCCAGAGGGAAUCAUGCGCUUUCUAAGUCAGAGGUAGACCCUAAGAUAGCCCAGUUCUCUAAGAAUAAGUCUCUUUCAAAUAACAAUGAGUAUAACCAGCAAUACCAGAUCGCUUUGUUGUGUAAAGGUCAGAUGUUUGGUGACCAAGACACUUUCUUUGAGAGACCUUAUACCUCAACUGUCAUAUGCAGGAGUAAUGAUGGAGAACUUUACAGAAUCACAAGAGAGAAUUUCCAGAAAUUGAAAAACCAUGGUGAUUGCUGGAAGAAAAUCACUUCCAAGUACGUCACCCAGGAAAGUUUGCACCACAAAUGGUUGAAGAAUCAGAAAAAGUUUAACUCUGAUGGGUUCAAAAAGGAUGCUGGCAGAAGCGGUCAUACUCAGGAUAAGAACGUAAUGCCAUAUACCAUGAUUGCUCAGAAAUCACCGUAUCUAAGACAGUUUAUUAAAAAGAAAUAAACUUAAGGAAAUCGAUAAAAGAGAAAUACUCAAGGAAAUAGUCAAGGACUAUACGAAGGCCUUGAAUGAUACUGGACUGAAUGACUCUGCCAUGAAAAAUGAAGUAUUAAUCACUGAUAAAGAUAUUCACAACUUUCAGAACGUCAAAUCAGCCUCACCUAAGUUAAAAUAAUACGUUGAGGAAGAAAAUGACAAGGGAUAAUGUCCCUAAGGAGCAUCGUGCCAGUUAUAUCGCCCAUAUUAGUGGCCACAGCCACCAAAUUCCCAUCAAAUCUUCUCAUAAACAAGGAGGAUAUAGCUUCGAUGUGGCUGAGAGAAUUCCUAAACUUCCUCCUGGCCCUGGCUCUCACAGUAGGUAUAGAUCAAAAAUGGAGCAAAAUGUGAGUUUAUCCAAUGUCAGGAAGAAAUCUGUUCUUCACCCUACAGAUCUUAUAAGAAGAUCUAUCGAAGACAAUCAGGAGGGAUAUCACAAUACUAUAUCAAGACAGUCAAUUGUCCUUGGCCAUAAUAACAGUUCAGAGUUUGGUAGGCAAAGUUUAGUGACAAAUCUUGGUAUAAAGCAUCAAGCCAUAGUGACUAAUAAACGGAACACUUUAUUCAAAAGAGACCCUAGCUUUAUCCCAGUUGCUUGAACUAUGAGCAAGAGGAGAGCUAGGCAGACCCAAAGAAUCUCUACCGCAAUUGGUCGGAAACGAAAUCACAUGAAAAACACUCUGCUCAGCAAGAAGGUGUCUCCAGUCAAACUGCAUAUCCAAGGACGCAAGGACCACAACGGUAGCAUCGGUAAUAUGUCUAUUUUAUUAUAA